AUGAAUCUGAAAUUCGAAAAACCAACAAAAGAGGACACGUGGCUGAUCAAACCAAUUCCGGGAUUCGUGUGCAAAUGGAAAAACGUGAAAAUCGACGGACUUUUGGGCGAAGAAACCCAAAAAUGCUUUGUGAAUGUGUGCCAUUGCAAAGAGCUGCCUCCGCCGAUGAAAGAUUUGGACCCGGAGCAACUCGCAGAAAUGUUCGACAAAAAGGACCGCUCCUACACGAUUCCGAUGACGGUCGGCGAGUUGGACUGCGUCAAAGAUCGGAAAGAGGCGAAUUCUAUCAAGGUACCUGAAAAGAAAAGUUAUAUUGACAAAAGCAUGGAACCUUUCAGAUCGACGUGGUCGUCAACAGCAUCUUCUACGAAAAACGACUCGCCUCAAUCGACGCCACGUUCUUCCGUCACCUCGUUUCGCUAUUCUUCUGCUCAAUGAUCGAAGAGAAACACGGAUUCCAUUUAGAUCCGAUGGACGCAGUCAUGCUCAGAAAUCGCACGUUCGUCGGGGAACUGGAGAUGCAAAAUGUUCAGAAGACACCGGCGAAACGAGUUGUCGAAGAAGUCGAAGCGGAUGAGGAGGUGGAAGAGAUUAAGCAGACGGUAAAGACAAACGAAGGCCUUCUAAAAACGAUCUAUCGAGUUCAGAUGUUCGGAAUGCAAAAAAUCGACGGAGUCACAAUUAAUCUUCUUGACGGAAAGCGUCUCGAAGUGAGCAUGUUGUGCGAAAAAGGCGGGAAGGCGAUCGACAAUCCGAGAAGACUGAAGCUGAAAAUGACGCCUACGCGAUGCUUCGUGAUGCUCGACCAACGGCAGCACUUCCUCGACUUUGGCCUUCCCUUCGAGAUUGACGUGGCGACUGCCGAAUCGAAAUUUGUCGCAGAAACGAAGAAUCUUGUUGUUUCCGCCGAUAUUGUCAUUUGA